AUACAGAUUACUUUAUAACCCGGAUUGAGAGAGAGAGGAGUAGGAUUCUCAAAAAGUUUUCAGAGGUGAAGACAACUCACCAUAAACGGCAACAAUGCCGAUCAUAGACGUUGAAAACUUAACAGACUUGGAGAAAGCUAAAAUGGAGGUAGAUCAAAAAAAGAAGGAAAUACUGCUCGAGCGAGCAAUGACGUCAAAAUGCUGUACUGAAUUUAUGGAGCUUGUCCAGGCUGGAGCUGAUGAGGAUCCCCUUGUGAAAGGCAUUCCAGAGGACAAGAACCCUUUCAAGGAGAUCAAAGGUGGAUGUGUCAUUUGCUAGAGUGGACUGAGGAAUCGCCUUCCUUUGUAGCCCUACUUCUAGUGCCCUUUGGAGACCUGCUGCCACCAAAUAAAUCAUAGCCGGAUGAGCAGGAUCCAUUAGAACAUGGAUUGAUAUGCAAACAGAUUUGAAAGUUUUUAUCACACCUUUGUAAAAAAACAAAGACUUCUCCUAAUCAAGGCCCUUUCUGAUUGUACAGUGUGUUUCCCCUUGAAAGUGACAAUAAAUCACAAGUCGUUUGUGCAAUGAUUGCUCUUGUUUUGUUUAAUGGGUUCAGUGCCUCACUUUGUGUCAGGCCUAUCUGAGUCUAUUUCUCUCAUGCUUGUUUAAAAUAUCUGUGUGCAUGGAUAGCCUAUUGAUAAGUUAGUGAUAGCU